GACAUCGACGACGACUACACAGAAUGGCUUCCCAUCUUGCAAACAUCUUCGGAACAGAGCAGGACCGCGUGAAUUGCUCAUUCUACUAUAAAAUUGGGGCAUGCCGCCACGGUGACCGCUGCUCACGGAAACACAUCAAACCUCCAUUCUCUCAGACCAUUCUUCUCCCAAACGUUUACCAUAAUCCUGCACACGAUCCUGUGUGCAAGUUGACCGAGAAAGACCUUCAGGAUGGCUUUGAUGCAGUGUACGAGGAUUUGUACUGCGAGCUGUCGAAGUUUGGGCAUCUUUUGGAGCUGCAUGUCUGCGAUAACGUAGGAGACCACCUGAUCGGAAACGUCUAUGCGCGAUACGAAUGGGAGACUGAAGCGCAAACAGCUGUAGAUAACUUGAAUGAUCGAUGGUAUGCAGGACGCCCCCUUUAUGCUGAGCUGUCACCUGUCACCGACUUUCGCGAGGCUUGCUGUCGCCAAAACGAGAACGGCGAAUGUAACAGGGGCGGUUUCUGUAACUUUAUGCAUUUACGUCUGGCGUCAAAGGACCUCGUGUCUGCGCUCCACCACGGUCAGCGUGUGGAGAGGAAGCUGAAUCCUCAGAAGACUCAAGGCGGUGCAGGAGGGUGGGAGCCAACCAAACGUGAAGGUGGCCGAGGGCGCAGUGCAAGUCCGCCAAGAAGGGGCGGAAGCAACGGAGAAGAUAGGUGGACGAGGAAGUAG